AUGUCUGAAAGAGUGGUUGCGUAUAUGCUGUCAAACUUACUUGAUGAAGGCCGUGAAGUGAUCUUGGAUAAUUGGUACCUGUCAGUUAGGUUAGUUGAGUUCUUGUUGACACGAAAUACUUACGUGACAGGUACAAUUAGAACCAACAGGGGAGUACCGUCUGAGCUCACACAACUUCAGUUGAAAAAAGGACAGUCGUGUUUUAUUAGAAAGGGAGAUGUACUGAUUGUGCGUUAUAAAGACAAAAAGGACGUUUAUGUGAUCACAUCGAAACUGACCGCUGAUUUCAUUCAGAAAGACCAGUAUUCCGUUGUCGAUAAACGCGUUGUAGUAUUACAAAAGCCAAGUCAUGUGGAUCACUAUAAUUCAAAUAUGGGUGCCGUUGAUGCAACGGAUCAGGACAUGGAACCAUACAAUGCAGCACGGAAGAGCUACGCCUGGUUCAAGAAAGUUGGGAUCCACGUGUUACAGAGAAUGGUACUGAAUGCCAAAGUCCUCUACUCGGUUACAAACAAACGAAAAGUAGAUAUGAAAGACUUCACAUUACAGUUAUGUGAUGAAAUUCUUGCCAAAAAUCUUUCAGACUAUACAGCAAUGCGUGAUCAACACAAAAACGCGAAAAGGCAAAAACUUAGUGAACCAUCAACAUCAAGGUUGGCAGGACAUGAGCUCGUUCGUAGUGAACAGAACACGAGACGCAGAUGCUGGGUAUGCUACAACAUUGAGAAGAAGCGCUCUAUUUUCACGUAUAAGUGUUGUAUUGGAUGUAAAAACCGCGUACCAUUGUGUUCCUUAGACCACUUUACAUACUAUCAUGAUAACCUAUGA